UAGUAACAAACAAAUUAAAUAAAAUCUAGACAGACUUUAAAGAAAAAAGAUUAGUUUAUGUGUUUGUGGGCCCAACAAAAAUUAAGCGCUAGUCCCGCCACUGUUACAAACAGAACUAAUUUCAUUGGCACGCCUGGCCAUUUCGCUCAUUUAAAAUGCAAACAAACACUUAUCAUAAUACGAUUAAUUAUCACUAACACAGAUUACUUCACAUGUUCUACGGACCGGGCAUUGAUAACAACAUUUUGACAUAAUUUCUUCAAGGACGGGAGUUUCGGUAAGUGCCACGUUUCUUAUUGUUAUUUUUCAGAAAUCCUUCACGUGCCUUACAGCCGGGGUCAUGACCGGCAAUUUGAAAAUGUGGCGCGAAUCUGCGAGUUUAAUUUUGGCUGCAAAAUCGGUCUUCGGAGCGCCCAACCCGUUCAAUUACAAAAUCUUGUGCCUGAAACGCAGUUCCAAGUCGGGAUUUAUGCCAAACACUUACGUUUUUCCCGGAGGAAAUGUAUCUCCGAGCGACAGCAAUUUGGAGUGGCUAAAAUUAUACGAAAACUUCGGUUUUUGUAAACAAUCAUUUGAUGAUCUACGAGCCGUUGAAAACAUCCCAAAUGUAUUAGAACACGACGAGAAAAACCGCCUGCCAAAAUAUUUAUCGUUCAGGAUUUGUGCUAUCAGAGAGACUUUUGAAGAAUGUGGUAUUUUGCUGGCUCGGCCCAAAAUAAACGCCGACACUGCGUCCAACUGGGCCUCAUUUAUCGGAGGGAAAGAAUUGGUCUCGUGGCAGCAUAAAGUGCACGACGACUCGGAACAAUUUUUUAAAAUGUGUUCGCACUUUGAAUUGUGCCCCGACGUUUGGGCGCUGAAGAACUGGAGCCAUUGGGUCACUCCUCCCUCGUACUUGACGUCCAAAUUUAAUACAAUAUUUUUUCUAACAACGCUGCACCAAAUGCCAACUGUGCACAAAGAUGAAAGGGAAAUCCAAGACUUAAUGUGGACCACACCAGAGCAAUGUAUCGAGAUGAACAACCAGCAGAAAGUUUUACUGCCAGUGCCGCAAUUUUACGAAAUGUCGCGGUUGAAAACCGUGCCGGAUGUUGAGGCCCUCUCAGAUUUUGCCACAAAGCGGGCCAGAGCGGGCUUUGAGACUUACUGGCCCUUUAGGGUCAAAACAAACGAAGGGAUGUACACCAUCCUGCCAGGUGACGAUUUGUACCAAAAAAAUGACGAAAAUAACACUGCCAUUCCCCAAGUUGAGCAGCUUCCAGAAGCGCGGACAAAAAACAGGAUAUUGCACAAGUCGAAGUACUCCAAUGUGGUUCAAAUCGAGAAUUUUAGGCCCAAGUGUAAUCACAUCGCACCUGUCGGUGCGCACUUAUUUAAUAAAGGGUAUUAGUUA